AUGGCACAAGUCGACCCGGACUCGUAUUGCCAACCACUUGAUGUUAACUCCACUCAUAUCAUACCAGUACCUACACAGAAAGCCGAUGCACUACAGUUCAGUCGAUUACUAGGCGGGUUUUUGGAUUGGUUUUUACCUCACGAUACUGGGCAUAACCAACUACAAGAACGGUCGAAUCGGCAACCGAAACCUACAAUGCAGGCAGCACCCAAUAUCGAGGAAACAGAGGAGCUAAAGCAAUUCAGGGAGGCGUGGAAAGCAGAAGUAUGGAGGAAAAAGCAAGUUGGAACCAGCGCUGGGCAUGGUGCAAGCCUAAAAGUUUCAGAAGGCGCUGCUCCAGCUCAUAUGCCCACCACCAAUCAUGGAAUUCAGGACCCGAUACCGAGAGUAUCGAGCGUCACUAUUACGAGUCCAUCCGAAGAAGUCGUCGUCUCACCCACCCGCCGGUUCACUGCAGUGGCCUUUGCCUCCAGCGGUAGUUCUUCCCCAGCCGUGGGGAUAUACCGUCGGGCUGUUCUACACGAACAAAAAGGGGAACUUGACGAAGCUUUGGUACUUUAUCGCCAAGCAUUCCGUCGAGAGUCCAAUGUCGACAAGUUGUACCAUCAGGAGGAACGGUUGGGUGCCUUCCUUGUUGCUCAGGCGCAGAAACAGAAAGAGAUCUCUGGAAGUGGAAGUACUAGUGGAAAGAAGAAGGAACAAGUUGAUGACGUCGACGAAGUUAAAGCCCUCUCAGAGAACCUCAAAGACACGCUCACAUUCCAUGACAAAACAACACAGUCGGCGGAGAAAGCAUCCAAACGUGCGAGUGAAGGAAAUAUCCGAAGCUAUAGCAGGCUAGUAUCUACACUGAAGGAGAUCUCCGAACCGUUGGCGUUCGAACCAGAGGACGAGAAGGAGCCUGUUCCUCUAAACAUACUGCCCUACGAGAUGGUUGUUCACGUUCUGAAACACCUUGACCCAUCGUCUAUAGAGCGUUUUGCUGCCGUCAAUAAGAAAGCCAGGGUGAUCAGCUUGGAUUCGUCAAUUUGGAGGGAACUCGUGGAGUUUACAUAUAAGCCACCGCAAGUAUUAGAUCAAGGGGUGCUCAAGACACUCUACGACGAAUAUCUGUACGACCAUCGCAGAUUAUAUAUCGAACAACCUCGCGUACGGAUGGACGGUGUUUAUAUUGCGAUGUGCCAUUACGUACGCUAUGGUAUGAGCGAGAACUCAUGGGUGAACCUCAGUCAUUUAAUCACUUACCACCGGUACCUCCGUUUCUACCCGAACGGACAGGUACUAUCCCUUUUGACCAACGAACAAACUCCAGCUGAGGUCAUAUCUCGACUUAAGCCCACACGACCGACCAAAGGUCUCCUUAUUGGUACCUGGCACCUAAGCGGAACAACGAUCGUCUUGUCAAACCUCAUAGAUUCAGACAGUCUCUCAGACCCCAAGCUCGCCCCCGUCGACUUGAAUUCACCCUCAUCUGUCCUGUCUGCCAUCAACAACGUUCAUAGAACGAGCAACCUCACCGGAACCGGAACGGCAUCGACGGGGCCGUCUUAUCAUCCGCCGGGGAUGUCAUUAAGAUUAAGAUAUGUUUUUACGAUGAGUCUCUCACUCCGAUCUAGACCAUUAGGAAGGUGGAACAAGUUGGAUAUUACCUCCUAUGAUUCCAUUCAUCUAGAGACGGGAGAUGUUCAUCCGGUUGCCUUGAAACAUGAGCGGCCAUUCUGGUUCUCGAAAGUUCGAUCUUAUGCAUACGGUUGA